GUAUUUAGUGGAUCUAUAGAUUUUUUAUAGACUGCCAAUCCAAUCCAAGCUGAGCAAAGCAAAGCAAAGCCCCCUAUAGGUUAAAGCUGGAAAGAUUUCCACAACAAAUCAUCUCCUGCCAAAACCAAAAGAAAGAAAGAAGCUAAUCUCUCUUGGAACUCUCCUCUUAUUUUCAGCUUCUCAUUUAUAGAGAAGAAAGAGCAUUUGUUCAUUCAUCAGAUAUAUCAGUCAGGAAAAGAAGAAAAGAAAAAAUGAACGGUGAUGACGUUCACGGUAUGAUGGAGGGGCAGUACAUAAGGAGACACCACUGGAACGAAAUCAGAGAUGACCGGUGCACCUCUGCUCUUGUGAAACACAUCAAAGCUCCUGUUCAUCUCGUAUGGUCAUUGGUAAGGCGGUUUGAUCAGCCGCAAAAGUACAAGCCGUUCGUAAGCAGGUGCAUCAUGGAAGGGGACCUCGGAAUUGGUUGCGUUAGAGAAGUCAAUGUCAAAUCUGGCCUUCCUGCCACAACCAGCACCGAACGAUUAGAACUUCUUGAUGAUGAAGAACACAUUCUCGGCAUCAAAAUCGUCGGUGGUGAUCACCGUCUCAGGAAUUAUUCUUCAAUCAUAACGGUCCAUCCUGAGGUUAUUGAAGGAAGGCAAGAGACAAUGGUGAUCGAAUCAUUCGUUGUCGAUGUGCCAGAAGGGAACACCAAGGAUGAAACUUGUUACUUUGUCGAGGCUUUAAUCCGAUGUAAUCUGAAAUCGUUAGCCGAUGUUUCAGAGAGGAUGGCUGUGGGCCUAUCAACCAAUACAAAUUGAGAAGGUGGAAUUUUGAUGACAAAGAAGACUAGCUUUUGUGGAGAAAGAUGAGGGGUAGGAGCUGUGGAUUUCGUGGUCUGAACAAGUUUUGGAUACAAUGCUCGAUGUGAUUUUUCACUUUGUCAUGGGUGGUCCUUAACACUCUUUUUUUCCUGCUUUCUUAGCUUUCUUUGUUGAAUGCCUUAGUAGUUAUCUGUGAGUUUCUGUUCUAUAAAUGGGGUUUGGGGUUCCCAAGUCGAAGAACAUGGGGUUCUUUUUUCAUCGUUGUUUCUGGUUAUCUGGGUAUUGUACAAUGGUGGUAAUGUACGCUACUAUAGUCUUAUUUGUAAAUAUUUGUGUAAGAUGAGCAAAGAUGGAGGCUUUUCUUUCCGUAUUGUACCUGCAGCUGUAGGUGCAGGAUGAAUUUGGAGAACCAUUUUAACUCUUCUUGAAACGCCUUUGAUCUCACCUUGAAAAAAAAGUGUGAAUA